CCAUCACCACACCCUGCACUCAAGUUAUGAUGCAGUUCAUGGGUAGCGUACAUUUGCCCUACAUUGCCACUGGGGCUCCACCACAGGUUUCAUUUGAGCCCAGAGAUUAUUGGGAAUUAAACAGCUGUGAACGACUCCUUCCUGGUGAAUGAGAUGGCAGAGUGUGGGGCUGAAGGUGAACUACCUCAGAGGCGACUUGGUGUCAAGGAACAGCAAAAUGGAGAGCGGACUGACUCGGAGCUGUCCGUGGAUGAGAGGAAACAGAGGGACAGUGAGGAGCGUGAGACUCUGGUAGUAUGGAAGAAACCUCAGCUCACACUCCACUACUUCACUCUGGAACUGCUCAUCACCCUUAAAGAGUGGCUAUGGAGGCUCUGGCAGCAAAGACAGACUGUGUUUGGCCUGCUGAUCCUGCUUAUCCUCCUCUCCAUUGCCUACUGUAUUGAAGGAACACACCAGAAGUAUGUGCGCUACAUGGAGAAGAAGACGCUGUGGUGUGCCUACUGGGUCGGCCUGGGCAUCCUCUCCUCGGUGGGUCUUGGUACCGGCCUGCACACCUUCCUUCUUUACCUGGGACCACACAUAGCAUCAGUGACCUUGGCCGCCUAUGAAUGUGGCUCUGUGGAUUUCCCCGAACCGCCUUAUCCAGACCAAAUAGUCUGUCCCCAGCAGAACUCACCAGCACCAGACUCUGAUGCUGAGCAGGUGGGCGUGGAGGCUGCGGCGGCGGUGGGUUCAGCUGCCAUCCAGGGAAGCAUCUCUCUCUGGACCAUCAUCUCCAAAGUCCGCCUGGAAGCUUGUAUGUGGGGUGCAGGUACAGCUAUAGGAGAGCUUCCUCCCUACUUCAUGGCACGGGCAGCAAGGCUGUCCGGGACCGACCCCGACGACGAGGACUACCAGAGGUUUGAGGAGAUUCUGGACCAGACCCAGUCAACACAGGACUUUGCGACCCGAGCAAAAGUAGCAGUGCAGAAACUCAUCCAGAGGGUCGGAUUCUUUGGGAUUUUGGCCUGUGCUUCAAUUCCUAAUCCCUUGUUUGACCUGGCAGGAAUAACAUGUGGACAUUUUUUAGUCCCCUUCUGGACUUUUUUUGGUGCAACACUCAUUGGGAAAGCAGUCAUCAAAAUGCACAUUCAGAAACUGUUUGUGAUCGUCACCUUCAGCAGGCACAUAGUGGAGCAGAUGGUCUCCCUCAUCGGAGCUGUUCCACUGCUGGGUGCGGCACUGCAGAAGCCCUUCAGGGAGUACUUGGAGGCCCAGAAGGCCAAGCUGCACCAUCACGCUGGAGAGGGGAUCCCAACUGAGGAGAGCGGGCUGUCGUGGCUCUUUGAGAAGGUUGUGGUCAUCAUGGUAUGCUUCUUUGUCUGCUCCAUUGUUAACUCCAUGGCCCAGAGCUACGGCAAGCGCAAGCAGCAGGAGAAGUACUCUGAGGGCAAAACGGAGUGAAGGCCAGAUAGCGAUCACAGCCAAGCAUCAACUUCAGAAGCUCCCACUGAUCCUUUACUCAUUUCAGCUCUUCCUCCUGGCUGGUACCCCCACCAUUAUCUAAAGCAAAACAUCAGCCUCUAUCUGGUUUCUCUCGUUAUUGUAGCAACAUGUUUUUGUUCUCUGUAAGGUAGGUGCUUGUUGGAGUGUGUGCGAGUAAGCUGUUGUGUUGUUUAAGCUUUCGUGUCGGUGCUUUUAGCAGCUCCCGAGCACGUGAGAAGAAGCUGCUGGCAAUAAUUCUCCUCAGUGAGGCCUUAAGCUGCACUGUUUGUUCAACUAGAAGAACCUUAAAGUCUUAUAACACGUCCGUAGUGAACUUGAAUUCACUUGAUUUAAAUAAGCUACUAUUGUUACUUUUGAUUAUGCGCUGAGUGUUCUGUAAAACCAGCGCAAAGUUAUUUGUUCAAUAACCUAAUUAUUUAUCAUCUAUAUUUGCUGGUUAAUUAAUAAGACUUUCUGUACUGUAGAGUUGUAGUGCAGUAUCUGAUGUGGUUAGAUAAGACUGUAAAUUAUUGUGUGAUUUCUAUAUAUUGUAGAGCUCGUAGUUAGUUGUUGUAGAGAUGUUAAUGAAUGUUUCAAGCUGUUCGUGGUGCUUUAGAUGACCACUUCUUUUGUGUGUGCAGUAAAGCUGCUCAAGGUACUUUUGGAUGAGAAAUGAUAAUGAAUCACCCUACUGGUCCCUUUGUCUGCCCUUAUUGUUCGGCUUCCAGGAAGAGAGCACAUGAGUCAGCCCAGGGCUACUUUACCAGAUGCAGCCAUAUAUUGAAUCAGAUCUACGACCGUGUGUGAGACGGAGAGGAAGAGGGAGAUAGGCGGUUGCGUUCGCGGGGCUGCCACAUUCGUUGCUCUCCCUUUUAUCUUUUAUGGAUUAAAGCAGAUUGUACUUCACUCCUGGAAGACUUAGUAUAGCCGAUAGUAGCUGUUCCUUUAACUUCAGAGACAGUCUGUGUCGUGGUAAGUGUUUUUCUUUGUCUUCACUUGUCCACAGAUUUUUUUUUUUAAUCCUUUUCUCUUUUUUUUUUUUUUUUUUUUAACCCCAGAUGAGGACAGCGAGCUCAUGUUUAAUAUUACAUGAGCAUCUCCUCAAACAAAACUCUGCAUGCGUUUUAUGUGUUUUAGUGUUCCAUUUUUUGCCUUUUUUUGCUUAAUGGAUAACGUCAGCUGGCUCUCGGUAUAUGCAGUACCUUCUCUUUUUUUCAUAUUGCCGGAGAAACGUGCUAUUUUCCUCUCCCUCUCUGUACCGCUGCUGUGCUACGCUGGACUGAGCACAGUGGGCGCUAGAGCAGGCACAAGCAGGAGAGAGAGAGAAAAAGAAGCCCUUAAGCGCACAGUGAAAAGCGUCUGUGCCGUUACCUCAGCUGAACCUUAGAAUGAACUCGUUACACUGCCCCAGUCACGGAGCCAGGAGACGAAUCACUCGAGUAGAUUCAAAACAGAGGGGUACUGUUGAGCGGGCUGAACUCUGUGCUCUGUGCAGCUCUAGUCAGAACAUUUACAUCUUCUCGUUUCUCCUGUCAUGGUAAGUCGGAUGAGGAUUCUUUUUUUUUUUUCUCUUCAUUAUUGUCGUCUCUGUACAUGCAUACGUCUCAGACAUGUCCUCCACUCUCUCGGCCUGUCAGAUAGCUUAUCAGACUGGUGUUGGCUGUUAAGAUUGCAAGGCGACAACAGUCUGUAGGCUGUCUGACAUUUCGGGCUCUUUCAUCUGACCAGCAUCCUGUUUUGUCCUUCUGUUAUUGUCAUUGUCUCAGUUAGCAUCAGUUCCCAUUUAGAGGUGUGUGCGACGAUGUCACUUCCCUUUAUCCCAACCGCUUGUGAAACGUCAGAAACAUGGGUCUAUUGUUUAUUUCCUCCAUGAUGACGUCUGUGAGGGUUUUUAUGUGGUUUUAUGUGGGGAAUUGUGUUCGCAUGUUUGCAAAUGCAGAUGUAGUGAUGUCAAUAGUGUACUUCUGUUAGAGAGUGUGUGUGUGUGUGUGUGUGUGUGUGUGUGUGUGUGUGUGUGUGUGUGUCUGUGAGAGUUGGCCCUGUCCUCUUGAAUUUCCAGAGAGAUCUAGACAGUACACACCUUAUUGCAACACAUCACAUUGUGACACCCAGUCCUAGGUAUGGUACACGCAGUGCUCACCCAGCCCCCCUCUUCCCUUUUACACUUCCCUCUUCUCUUUUACUGAGAACUUUCUUCUGUUGCUCAAUACGCACUUUUUUGUAGGAGGCUGCAUUUUAUUGGAACAGCUCUCUUGAGGGGGUGUUUUUCUAACGGCCACAAAUUGGUAAUUAUACAAAGCUGAAAAUCAUUGCUUGACCAAGCGGAUACUUUUGCCGCAAAGCCUCCUUUUUAUUUUAGAUUUCUUUUUUUUCUAGAACAGAGCAAAAGGGUAAAACCUUUUCCUGGUCAUAAAAGCAAAAUCAUUGAAUAACACUGGAAUGGCUCGCUGGCUUAGACAGUGUUUUUCUUGGCACUUUCAGGAUGUCCUGUUCCAUAAGGGAGCCCUCUUUUGGCAUGCCUGUCUGAAUGUGUGUGUGUGUUGUCUAGAAUUUCUGUUUAUAUUUCAAUGUGUAAGUGCCACUAUUUCUUGUCGAAUAUGUCUGUACCGGGGUUAUUUUAAAUGUAUGUAUGCAGUGUUUUUUUCAUCUGCUUGUACUAUAAAUAAAGUCUGUUAAAAAGAG